AUGAUUAGUGAGGUUUCCAAAGAAGAGAUUCAAGAGACCAUGUUUGGAAUGAGUAAAGACAAAGUACCGGGGCCAAAUGGUUAUGGAGCUUUUUUCUUUAAAAAAGCUUGGGAUAUUGUAGGUCAUGAUGUUGUUAAAGCGAUCCAAAAUUUCUUCAAGUCUGGGAAAAUGCUUAGAGAGGUGAAUUGUGCCAUUAUUGCGUUAGUCCCAAAGAAUGAAAACCCCUCAUCUUGUAGUGAGUUUCAUCCGAUCUUAUGUUGUAACACCAUCUACAAAUGCAUCUCCAAGAUUAUGGCCAAUCAAGUUAAAAGAGUUUUGCCUUACUUCGUCAACAAAGCCCAAGGUGCUUUCGUUGUGGGGAGGAAAAUUGUGGAUAAUAUCCUUUUGAGCCAAGAACUUCUCCACCACUAUGAUUGUAAGUCGUCUAAAUGGGCUAGAUGUGCAAUGAAGGUAGACCUUAUGAAAGCUUAUGAUUAUGUAAGAUGGGAUUUCGUUAUUAAAGCUCUAGAGCUUCUCGGGUUUCUUUUGAAGUUUACUGGGUGGAUAGAGGAGUGCAUCAAAACUCCUAAAUACUUUGUAGCCGUUAAUGGGGAAUUAUCCGGAUUCUUUAGCGAUGAUUUAAUGAUCUUUUGCCACACGGAUGAAAACUCUCUUGGCAUUGUCAAGAGAGCAUUGGAUCGUUUCACGUUUUGGGCAGGGUUAGAAGCAAACCCCUCAAAAAACAACAUUUCCUACUCUGAGGUGAGUGAGGAGGGCAAACAAGCUCUUUUGCCGAUUCUUGGGUAUCAAGAAGGAAAGCUUCCAAUGAACAUUCAAGUUUAUUGGUCAUUUAUUUUCGUGCUCCCUUCAAAGAUCCUCAAUGAAAUUGAUGCUACGUUAAGGGCUUUCCUAUGGUCUGGGAGUGACAUGAAAACCUCAAAGGCCAAAGUUGCAUGGGAAAAGGUUUGUGUCCCUGUUGAAGCAGGUGGGUUGGGGAUUAUGAGAGCUAAGGAUUGGAAUAAGGCAGCCAUGAUGAGACAUGUUUGGAAUCUUAAUCAAGUACAUAGUGGCUUCGGAUGGGUUGAGUGGAUCAAAACAACGUACUUGGUGAGGAAGAGCUUUUGGGAGAUUCCUAUACCUUCGGAUGCUUCUUGGGCUUGGAAGAGCAUUUUGAAGUUUAGAAUGGAAGCUAGAGAGCACAUCAAAGCCAUCCUCAAAAAUGGUCAAGCAACUUAUGUUUGGCAUGAUAAUUGGCACCCAAGAGGCCCUCUCAAGGAUAGAUAUGGCAGCCGCAUUGUGUAUGAUUCAAGGCUACAUGAUCUUGCUAAGGUGUGUGAGAUUUGGGAUGGGAAAAUGUGGAGAUGGCCAAUGGCUAAUUCUUGGGCUUUGAUGGGCAUGAAGGAUUCUAUCGACUUUGAUCCAAAGGAGGGCGAGGACGUGGUAGUUUGGAAGCCGAAUGCAUCUGGUAAGUUCUCUAUUAAAUCGACUUGGGAGGUUACUCGUGUGCACCAACACCAAGUGGAGUGGCAUCACCUUGUAUGGUGCCCAAAAGCUAUUCCACGACACUCCAUGAUCACGUGGAUGGCAUAUAAGGAUCGGCUUCAGACCAGGGACAAACUGAUGAGGUAUGGAAUAGCUUCUAGCAAUGUGUGUUGUUUUUGUAAUCAUGGGCAAGAAACGAUCGAUCAUCUCUUUUUUGCUUGUCCUUUCACCCUAAGGAUUUGGAACCCAAUCCUUGAGCUCUCUUCUCUUGGGUAUGUCACCCAGCCUUGGAAUGAUUAUGUUGAGCACAUUGCUAGUAGGUGGAGGAAGAAAAAGCUAAAGUACUCUUUAGGGAAGCUAAGUUUGGGAGCCACUGUUUACUCUAUUUGGAGAGAGAGGAAUAGCCGGAUUUUUGGUGGGGAAUGCAAGGAUGCCCAUACUCUCUACAAAUCCAUCAAGAAUUUGGUGAGGGUGAGGGAGAGGGCUAUGGACCUUAGCAAGAUCAUAAGGAAUACCUACAAUAGAAGACUUGCAGAGAAAUGGGGUCUCCCUAUGUCUAUUUUUAAAACAUCCCAUGGGAGAAGAGGCUACUUUGACAAUUGGAAGACUUGGGGUGUUGAUCUAGUGCUUUGUCUUUGUGUCAUUAACGGGCCCUACCUUGUUAAUGUCCAUGGUUAUGGAAUUGCUCUUGAUAAUGCUUAUGCAUAUGGGUUUUGUGCUCUAAUACUUUUGAACCUAACCCAGGGCAUGUCCUGUGCUCCCCUUGAUUCACUUGCAGUAAUUGACUCUACUAAUCAGUCACCUUCAGACAAUGCAGCAAUUGUUGCUGCUGAACCAAAUGAUAAAUCAACAUCUGUGAAUAUUCAUCCAAUGGUGACCAGAUCUAAGUUAGCCGUCCAGUCCCAUAUUGUUCCUUAUAGUCAAACUGGUGAUGAUAAUCAUUUUGUACUUCUCAUUGGUGGAUCUAGCAUCACUGAAUCUACUGAAUCAGAACCUGGUACAGUUUAUGAAACUCUCCAGAUCAGCAACUGGAAAGCUGCCAUGCAGUAUGUUAACAAUGCGUUUCUUAAUGGAGUUUUAACUAAAUCAGUCUUCAUGAAGCAGCCGCCUGGUUUUGAGAGUUCUGCUUUUCCAGAUGUAGUUUGCAAGGUGAACAAAGCAUUUUAUGGUCUCAAGCAAGCUCCAAGAGCUUGCAUUGAUUGA